UUCCCAGCCCUAGUCUAUGUAAAGCUUUUGAUUCGGUUGAUUGGGGGUAUUUGAAGGUGGUUAUGGAAAAAUGGGGUUUAGAUAGAAAUUUAUGCAGUGGAUUAGGGUUUGUUUGAGCUCUGCUACUUUUAGCAUCUCUAUUCAUGGGAGUUUGUUUGGGUUCUUCAGUGUUGCUAAGGGGGUUAGGCAAGGGGACCCCCUUUCCCCUUACCUAUUUACCAUAGCCAUGGAACCCCUUACUGGAAUGCUGAAUCAGGCUGCAUUUCAGGGUAUUCUUCCUUUCCAUCCGCAGUGUGAGAACUUGGGAUUAACUCAACUGAGUUGCUGGAGAUUUAUUAAUUUUUACUGAGGGAUCAGCGUAUGCUUUGCAUGGUUUGAGAUCCAUUUUGAAUGUUUUUUACAAGCUUUCUGGACUCCAAUGUAAUCCGGAUAAGAGUGAGGUCUUUUUUGGGGGUUAUGCGCAUCAGUUUAAGUAGAAUGCACUUAGAAUAUCUGGGUUCAAAGAAGGGACUUUACAAGUGAGGUACCUUGGUCUGCCUCUCCUUGCUGGUAAACUAUCCAGUAGAGAAUGUUCAGUUUUGAUAGAUAAGAUUACUAGCAGAGUCAGGAGCUGGAAGGAAAAUAAAUUGUCUUAUGCUGGGAAGCUUCAGUUGGUAGAAUCAGUUUUAUGCUCGUUGAUUCAUUAUUGGAUGGCCAUUUUUCUUAUACCAAAGAAGGUUCUUAAGAGUAUUCAGAAAAUCUGUUCAGACUUUAUCUGGCAUGGGGAUAAGUCAGGCAGAGCUAAAGCUGCUUGGGAUGUUAUUGCUAUGCCAAAGAAAGAAGGGGGGCUGGGUUUGAAGGAUUUGAUUACUUGGAAUGUGGCUUCUAUGGCUCGCCUUAUAUGACUGCUUCUCCUUCAGGGGGGUAGCUUUUGGGUAGCCUGGAUAAAUCAAUACGGACUCAGAGGGGUCUCAAUAUGGGAAGCAAAAGUAACACAAUCUGGUUCCUGGAUCUGGAAGCAAGUGUUGAAAGUCAGACCUUUGAUAAGAUUUAGAAUGGAUGUGGCUCAAGACUGUGUGACAUGGCUGGGUAGGCGAUUUGAUAAGUACUCAGUCUCUGCUGUAUGGGACACUAUUAGGAGGAGGCAGCCUUGUGUAAGCUGGUGGAAGGUUGUUUGGAACAAGUUUGUAUUACCUCAAAAUAGUGUGCAGGUUUGGCUGAUUAUCAUGGAUCGGCUCCCUACAAGAGACAAGCUCAAAAUAUGGGGUGUUAUAAAUGAUAGCAACUGUGUGCUCUGUAGUGUAGUAGAAGAAUCUCGAGACCAUCUAUUCUGUCAAUGUACUUAUAUCCAGGAGAUGAUUGCUACUCUGCUGAGAGGAAGGGUAGUGUUCACUGGAAGUUGGGCUGAAAUGCUGGACAGAAUUGUAACCAGAGUAAGGGAGAAGGGAAGCUGUGGAGAGAUUGAAGCAUCGAUCUGGUGUUGGUGUGUUAAUGCUGUUUGGAAGGAGAGAUGUCGAAGGGUGUUUGGUGAACAGCCUCGUGCUGCUGUUGUGUUGGCAGAGCAGCUCAGGGAGGAAGUCAGGCUGUAUGCUGUGGCUCGACCUGAGUUUCAGAUACUCUUAAGCAAAACUAUUUCCUUCUGUAAAUGUUUAGAUGAGUAGGGAGUUUUGUUUGUCUUUUGGUAAUUCCUUGUAAAGGAUUGGUGUGGGCGUUUUAUCCUUUGUGUUUUUUCGAGCUCUUGUGUUGGUUAUAGCUAGGAGGGUUCUUAAUGGUAAAGUUAACUUACCGGAAAAAAAGAGAAUGACAAGGUAACAAAUGAAAGUAGGAAUUUUUAUAGAGGACAGAGAGUGGAAGUGUAACAAAGAAGCUGGAGACGAAAAAGAAAAGGGUCUUUGCUCUUUGGUUUGGCAACUGUUACGGCUAACUUGUGGAACUAAGCUCCACUAUUUCGAUAUUCUGGUAUACCAGAUUGUCGUUGGUAUAUUACCAGAUAUUAUCCGAUAUAUCGUAUUGCCAAAUCACGCCAUCGAAUACCGAUACCGCCAGUAUCCGGUACGGUACCUGUUAAUACCGAAUACCAGCUUACCGAUUACCACCCCUCCGUAGCAUUGCCUAUGUUUGGCCCGACUUUUAGAAGUGCUUUUCGGCUUCAAAAGCUGAAGCAUGGCCAAACACCUCUAAAGGUUCGGCUUUUGAAAAGCCGAAAAGCGCUUUUGUAUAACAUAAAAGCAGAAGCUCCGAUUUGGAGCUUCUGCGAAAAACUGUUUUGAAAAUACAAGAUUAUCCUUACCAUAUUUUAAUUUUAUUUCAGAAAAUAUAAUUUUUCUUCAUUUAUAUCAUUUUAAAAAUAAAAUAAAUUAUAAAAUCAUAU